UUAUUCGAGGAUCAUGAUCAUUCCUAUUCGCUGCUUUACGUGUGGGAAAGUGAUUGGGAAUAAGUGGGAAACCUACCUCGGUUUCCUACAAGCAGAAUAUACAGAAGGGUAAAUAUUUAGUGUAUGUGAUUUGAAACAUUAAGAAAAAGCAAAUCCAGUUCCGGGUUUCUUAGCUUCUUGUCAGAACUGGAGUCGCAAAAAGGCCACUGAAUGGUCUCGUUAGACUUCCCGCAACAGUUUCCCAUCGAAAAAGUUCACCAUUAGACUUAAAGUCGAGCAAGCUUACAAAUAUACUGAAAUAAUUUCAAAAUUAUUAAAGCAAAACUGAGAAUUUGCGAAGCAGAGUUCAGGUUGAUUUUGUUAUUAUAUGACAAGUCAGUUACUUCCAUUAUUGAAUUGUUGUCUCCCAUGCAUGAUAAUUUUAAGAAUGAAGUGUAACAUCAAGUAGUAUUAACCCUUAACACCCUAACAUCAGUAUAUAAAUUCUCCAUACUGUUCUCCAUACAUUUUCUAAGUUGCUGACAAGGAGAAUUUGUUCAACAAUCAAGAGCUCCAUUAGUUGAUGAUUAUUUCCCUUAUUCUCAUGACCUUUAUGUGUGAUUCAGGGUUGAUAUUGUAAGGAGAAUUAAGAUGUUAGUCUCUUCGGGGUCAAAGGAUGAAGCCCUCUUAAGAAUCUUCCCAUUCUCAUCUGGUGUCUUGACUUUGCAUUCAUUUGAUAUUGCUGGGAGAAAUUACUUUUUGAUCACCCUUUAAGUUCAAAGUUUAACACUCCUUUUUUGUCCCAUCAGAGAUGCUCUUGAUGCUCUGGGUCUUAAAAGAUACUGUUGUAGAAGGAUGCUUCUUUCACAUGUGGAUCUCAUCGAAAAGCUAUUGAAUUAUGCUCCGCUGGAAAAAUAAACUCUACUGAAAUUUUGCAUUGGUCAACAACAGAAGCUGCGAUAGUGCAUGCUUAUUACUACAACCAAGACACAAGCUUCAUGUGUGUACAUGAGAUGCAGUUGAGAUUAAUACUGUCAGUUGCUGUGUCUAAAGUUACAAAGUCAAUUAUGUUUAGCUGAUGAUAUUAGUCAACUUUCUCUAUGUUUGAGACAGUGUGCUAGGCUUAGUUUUCACAUGUGCCAGAGAACAAUUAAGCAGUUGGAAAUUGAAACAGUACAGAUAGAGUUCUAGGAACUUUUUUCAAAGCAUUGGUCCAAUUCAUGUCUCCUUUUGUUAUACUUUGUUGUUCUGUUAAUAUUCUUACAUAACUUAUGGAAUUAGUCUAAUGCACCAAAGAAAGUGAAAAGCAUUUUAUUAAAAAAUCUAACUUAAUAUAGCCUUUGUUGUGGGUGCUUUCUUUUUACAGCAGGAAAUCUUCAGUUUGUUUCUUGUGUUUUCAAGGUUUGACAAAAAUGAGUAAACCUCACGAGAACCUUUUUGUAAUUGUCUCUUCAAACUCCUCAACAUUUGCUUUCAACUUAGUUGUGAGAAUUUGAGGUUACAUUAAGAUAAAUCCUCUUUCUGAGAAGUAUGUCAAUUCUUAGAUCCUCUACUGGAUUAUGUUUCAUUGAUAUUUUAAAGAGAAGCUACACAUUAGUCAUUUCUGUAAGUAUAAGGCAAAGAAUACAGUGUGCAGUAUGCCUUUCCAGUUUGGAUUAUAAUAAACCACUAUUUAGAGUUCUAUAGUUGAUGGAGAGAGAAAGAAAGAGGUUUACUAAAGGUGGUGCUUACAGUGUUCUCCAGAUACUUUUCUGGUGGUCAUCUAUGUGAAACCACUAGCUGGCAGAAGAUAAAAAUUUAUUUCAAAU